AUGAAUAUUCGCACUGCUAUCAUCGGAUUUCUCGGCUUUUGUUUAUUGCUGCUUAUGUACAAAACAUCGUUUCAUCUAGCUGGUCUCACUUUAUUCUUCUUGAUUUCGUUGCUACUUGUCUUCAAAGCUCCUACUUCCGAGUUAUGGAUUCUGUCGAUAUUUGCAAGCGAAUAUUCUAUUCUAUUUGCUGGGCCUACAAAUAUAUUACUCAUGAUAAACUUAUAUGCCGUGAAUUAUACGCUAUUCGAAACUAUUAUUGGUCUGAUUGCCAUAUUUUUGUUUCUAUCUCCUAUUAUACGAGCCUAUUUUAUUGGCCAAACUUUGGCAGAUGCUUUAGAAAAAUCUUUCCCAUCCAUGAAAAAGGGCUCGGCUACUGGUGAUAAAACAAUAAAUAAUCAACCGUUCACUAUUGCUAAACUCUUCCAAUCAGUACCAAAAGUUCCUUUCCGUACAUUAACAUAUGUAACUUAUAGUGAUACAACUUUAACACUCGAUUACUAUAGAUCAAGUGUUACAGGCAAACGACCUUGUGUAAUAGUAAUACAUGGUGGUGCUUGGGCGAUUGGCGAUAGUAAACAAUUGCCCGAACUCAAUAAUCAUCUCGCACGUGUCGGUUAUCAUUGUGCAGCUAUUAAUUAUCGCCUAGCUCCAAAAUGGCAAUUUCCUGCUCCUAUAGAAGAUACAACUGCGGCCUUAAACUACUUGCGUAAAAAUGCCGAUGAAUUAGAUAUUGAUACAAAUAAUUUCGUACUACUCGGUCGCUCAGCCGGUGGACAAAUAGCGUUACUGACAGCUUACACCAUCAGACAACUGGGCAUCAAAGGUGUAGUUGAUUUUUAUGGACCAGCGGAUAUGAUUCGAGGAUAUACGAUACCGACCAAUCCACUUGUGAUAAAUUCAAGGAAAGUAUUGGUUCAAUAUUUGGGUGGUGAUUAUCAUCAAAUUCCAGAUAAAUAUGCAGCAAGUUCACCAAUCGAGUUUGUCAAUCAACAAAGUGUACCAACACUUAUCUUGCACGGUUCUACUGAUGGGCUAGUAGCAAGUGCGCAAAGUCGUCGGCUAAGUACUAAAUUACAUCAAAACGACGUAUCACAAUAUCUUCUUGAAUUAUCAUGGGCAACACACGGCUUUGAUUAUCAUUUAAAUGGCCCAAGUGGACAAUUAUCAACAUUUGCAAUUGAACGCUUUUUGUUCGCAGUUACUAAUGAUCACUAG